AUGCGGAACAACUUCUUUACGAGUAGUCAGCCUGGAACUCUUGGCCGCAACAAGCAGGCAGAGGAACCCUUGGGCCCUGCCUCCACAACCUGCCUGGGCUGCUGCGUCCCCCACAUUGCUCCUCUCAAGGCCUCUGCUGCAGGCCAGAAGGUUCUAGAAGUGUGCAAAAAAUUACAUCAGCAGUUUGAAAUGUAUAAGGAGCAAGUGAAGAAGAUGGGUGAAGAAUCACAGCAGCAGCAGGAGCAGAAGGGUGAUGCCCCAACCUGUGGCAUCUGCCACAAAACAAAAUUUGCUGAUGGCUGUGGCCAUAACUGUUCAUAUUGCCAAACUAAAUUCUGUGCGCGCUGUGGAGGAAGAGUAUCUUUACGGUCAAAUAAGGUAAUGUGGGUAUGUAACUUGUGCCGAAAACAACAAGAAAUCCUCACAAAAUCAGGAGCCUGGUUCUAUAACAGUGGAUCAAAUGCACCACAGAAGCCUGACCAAGAAGGUAUUAGAGGUCUGCGGAACGAGGAAGCACCUCAAGAGAAAAAAGCAAAGCUCCAAGAGCAUUUGCAGUACCAAGGACCACCGGGUGACAUAUCCACACAAGUUUUGGACAAAAAUAGAUCUCAAGGACUCACCAGGCAAGACUCAAUUAAGAAUGGUUCUGGAGUAAAGCACCAAAUAACAAGCGACACAGCAUCAGACAGGAAAAGAAGCCCGUCAAUAUCAAGAGAACAGAACAGAAGAUACGACCAAAGGGAAGAGAGAGACGAAUAUUCACAGUAUGCUACAUCAGACAGUGCGAUGCCCAGGUCACCAUCAGAUUAUUCAGAUAGGCGGUCACAGCGUGGCCCUCAAUUAUACGAAGAGCCUGAACUGGGUGAUUAUAGAGAUUCCAACAGGAGGAGUCGCAGGCGUUCCAAGGAGUAUCCGGUAGAAGAGGAGGAUGCACAGAACAGGGAGGAAUAUGAAAGGCAGAGGAGAGAAGAGGAAUAUCAGGCACGAUACAGAAGUGAUCCUAAUUUGGCUCGUUAUCCAGUCAAGCCACAGCCAUAUGAGGAACAAAUGCGUAUCCAUGCUGAAGUGUCCCGAGCACGUCAUGAACGGAGACAUAGUGAUGUCUCGUUGGCAAAUACUGAGUUGGAAGAUUCCCGGAUAUCUAUGCUGAGGAUGGAACGACCAUCAAGGCAAAGAUCAGUGUCUGAGCGCAGAGCUGCCAUGGAAAAUCAGCGUUCAUACUCUAUGGAAAGAACUCGAGAGGCUCAGGGACCAAGUCCCAAUCGACAGAGGACCACAAAUCAUAGCCCUCCUACACCUAGGAGGAGUCCAAUUCCUCUGGAAAGACCGGACAUGAGGCGCUCUGAUUCGUUAAGGAAACAACACCAUUUGGAUCCCAAUUCUGCUGUACGGAAAACGAAACGUGAAAAGAUGGAGACCAUGUUGCGGAAUGAUUCACUCAGCUCAGACCAGUCUGAAUCUGUCAGACCUCCACCACCAAAGCCUCAUAAAACAAAAAAGGGAGGUAAAAUGCGCCAGGUUUCAUUGAGUAGCUCAGAAGAAGAAUUGGCGUCUACUCCAGAGUACACGAGUUGUGAUGAUGUGGAGAUUGAAAGUGAGAGUGUUAGUGAAAAAGGAGACAUGGAUUACAACUGGUUGGACCAUACAUCUUGGCAUAGCAGUGAGGCAUCCCCAAUGUCUUUGCACCCAGUAACUUGGCAACCGUCCAAAGAUGGAGACCGUCUGAUUGGUCGGAUUUUAUUAAAUAAGCGACUAAAAGAUGGAAGUGUGCCACGAGACUCGGGAGCAAUGCUUGGAUUGAAGGUAGUAGGAGGAAAGAUGACUGAAUCAGGUCGACUCUGUGCAUUUAUCACCAAAGUUAAAAAAGGAAGCUUAGCUGAUACAGUGGGGCAUCUUAGACCAGGUGAUGAAGUACUGGAAUGGAAUGGAAGGCUACUACAAGGAGCUACCUUUGAGGAGGUAUAUAAUAUCAUUUUAGAGUCCAAACCUGAGCCACAAGUGGAGCUUGUUGUUUCAAGACCAAUUGGGGAUAUUCCCAGAAUACCUGACAGCACACAUGCACAGCUGGAGUCCAGUUCUAGUUCCUUUGAAUCUCAAAAAAUGGACCGACCUUCUAUUUCAGUGACUUCUCCUAUGAGUCCUGGCAUGUUAAGGGACGUUCCACAGUUCUUGUCUGGACAACUUUCAAUAAAACUGUGGUAUGACAAGGUUGGUCAUCAGUUAAUAGUGACAAUACUGGGAGCAAAGGAUCUUCCUUCAAGGGAAGAUGGGAGGCCAAGGAAUCCUUAUGUUAAAAUUUACUUUCUUCCAGACAGAAGUGAUAAAAAUAAAAGAAGAACAAAAACAGUAAAGAAAACAUUGGAACCCAAGUGGAACCAGACAUUCAUUUAUUCUCCAGUUCAUCGGAGAGAGUUUAGAGAACGAAUGUUAGAAAUUACCCUUUGGGACCAAGCACGAGUUCGGGAGGAAGAAAGUGAAUUUUUAGGAGAGAUUCUUAUUGAGUUAGAGACAGCAUUACUAGAUGAUGAACCUCACUGGUACAAACUUCAAACACAUGAUGUCUCUUCAUUGCCACUUCCCCAUCCCUCACCGUAUUUGCCACGAAGACAGCUCCAUGGCGAGAGUCCCACACGGAGGUUGCAAAGAUCCAAAAGAAUCAGUGACAGUGAAGUCUCUGAUUAUGACUGUGAUGAUGGAAUUGGUGUGGUUUCAGAUUAUCGACAUAAUGGGAGAGAUCUCCAAAGUUCAACGCUAUCAGUGCCAGAACAAGUUAUGUCAUCUAAUCAUUGCUCUCGAUCAGGGUCCCCUCACCGUGGAGAUAGUAUAGGACGGACUAGAUCAUGGUCUCCCAGUGUCCCUCCCCCACAAAGUCGGAACGUGGAUCAGGGACCACGAGGGACACGAUCUACUGCUGCACAUUACAAUACCCUGAACCGAAUGGAAAGACACCGUGUAAUAGAUGACCACUACUCCCCGGACAGAGAGAGGAAUUGUGAAGCAGCAGAUAGACAGCCAUAUCAAAGAUCCCGAUCAACAGAGCAACGUCCUAUGCUAGAGCGGACCAACUCCCGCUCCCGAUCCACAGAGCGUCCUGACUCAAACCUCAUCAGGUCGAUGCCUUCAUUAAUGACUGGAAGAUCUGCCCCUCCUUCACCCGCCUUACCGAGGUCACAUCCUCGAACUGGGUCUGUUCAGACAAGUCCAUCAAGUACUCCAGUAGUAGGAAGAAGGGGCAGACAGUUACCACAGCUCCCGCCAAAAGGGACAUUGGAAAGAAGUUCGAUGGAUAUAGAAGAGAGAAACCGACAAAUGAAAAUGAGCAAGUACAAACAGGUAGCAGGAUCAGAUUCCAGGCUGGAACAAGAUUAUCAUUCUAAGAUAGUGUAG